CCAGCCUCAGCCUCUGGCGCGGACCGUCCCUCCAGCUCCCUGGGGCUGUAAAGUUCCAGUUCCCGUGCGCCCGCUGGCCGAACUGCACUCUCGGGGCCCAGGGACGUCGCCGGGGGCAGGACGCCCCGUGCGCUUGCAGCUUCCAGGCGCCAAGGAAGCCUUCCACCUCGGGUGCGCCUCCCUCCCCCCACACCAUGGUGACUGAUCUCCCCAAGGUCGACCCCAAGAUAUGCACCGCGGCCGAGCCCGCCGCCAACGGGGUCUCGGCGCGCGUGACGGUGGAGCAGGAGGAGGAGGGCGGCGGGGACGGCGCGGGCGCCCGUUUGCGCCGCUGCCUGCGCGCCAAUCUGCUGGUGUUGCUGACCGUGGCGGCAGUGGUGGCGGGCGUGGUGCUGGGUUUGGUGGUGCUGGAGAGCCGCGGCGGCGCGGCGCUGGACCCCGCAAGCCUGGAAGCCUUCUCCUUCCCCGGCGAGCUGCUGCUGCGCAUGCUGAAGAUGAUCAUCCUCCCGCUGGUGGUGUGCAGCCUGGUGGGCGGCGCCGCCAGCCUGGACCCCAGCGCGCUCGGCCGUCUGGGAGCCUGGGCACUGCUCUUCUUCAUGGUGACCACGCUGCUGGCCUCGGCGCUCGGAGUGGGCCUGGCGCUGGCGCUGCAGCCUGGAGCCGGCUACGCGGUCACCAAUACCUCGGUGGGCGCCCUGGGGUCUGAGCCCGAGGCCCCCAGCAAGGAAGUGGUCGAUUCGUUCCUGGAUCUUGUGAGAAAUAUCUUCCCUUCCAACCUGGUGUCUGCGACCUUCCGCUCAUAUUCUACCUCCUAUGUGCCCCAAAACAUCAGUGGAAACUUGGUGAAGGUGCCCACAGGGAAGGAGGUGGAAGGCAUGAAUAUCCUGGGUCUGGUGGUGUUUUCCAUCGUCUUUGGGGUGGCCCUGCGGAAACUGGGACCUGACGGGGAACUGCUUAUCAGCUUCUUCAACUCCUUCAAUGAUGCCACCAUGGUGCUGGUUUCCUGGAUCAUGUGGUAUGCACCGUUGGGCAUCCUGUUCCUGGUGGCCAGCAAGAUCCUGGAGAGCGGGGACGUGAGGGAACUGUUCGCCAGCCUGGGCAAAUACAUCCUGUGCUGCCUGCUGGGCCACGCCAUCCACGGGCUGGUUGUGUUGCCGCUCAUCUACUUCCUCUUCACUCGCAAAAACCCCUACCGCUUCCUCUGGGGCAUCGUCUCGGCGCUAGCCACCGCCUUUGGGACGUCUUCCAGCUCCGCCACGCUGCCGCUGAUGAUGAAGUGCGUGGAGGAGAGGAAUGGCGUCUCCAGGCACAUCAGUCGCUUCAUCCUGCCCAUCGGUGCCACCGUCAACAUGGAUGGCGCUGCGCUCUUCCAGUGCGUGGCCGCGGUCUUCAUCGCUCAGCUCAGCCAUCGUUCCCUGGAUUUCGUGAGCAUCAUCACCAUCCUGGUCACCGCCACUGCAUCCAGCGUGGGUGCAGCGGGUAUCCCGGCGGGAGGGGUGCUGACCCUGGCCAUCAUCCUGGAGGCUGUCAACCUGCCCGUGAACAUCUCCCUGAUCCUCGCUGUGGACUGGCUGGUGGACCGGUCCUGCACUGUUCUCAACGUGGAGGGCGACGCCUUUGGAGCGGGUCUCCUGCAGAAUUACGUGGAUGGUUUGGAGAAGCCAAGCUCAGUGCCGGAACUACUCAACAUGACGACGGAGCCGCCCCUCCGCCCCGAGGAGGGGAACCCCCUCCUCAGACACCGCCCGGGGCCUGCUGGGGAUGCAGCCACCUGCGAGAAGGAAUCGGUCAUGUAGAGCCCAGGAGGCUUGCUGGAGAGGGUUGGAGAGACAUGGGCCAUGUCCUUGCCACACACUCCAUGGAGCCGAGGCGCGCGAGCGCCCCCUGCUGCACAGCGGGGAGUCCACGGUCUGGCUGAUGGGGUGUAUGUGCCGUGUGUUUAUGUGUGUGUGAGUAUGUCCCUGCACCUUGAUCUCUGUCCCCUCCCAGAUCUUAGAAACAGCCGUAAUGGAGCCUCCCAGCCUCAGGGGCCAGGACACAUAAGGACUUGACGUUGGAGAGCAGGACACGGCUCCUAUGUGGCCUGUCGGUGCCUGUGCCUGCAUGUGUCCACAUGCAUGGGUGCAUAUGUGCAUGAGUACGCAUGCAUGCGUGCACAUGUGCGUGUUCAUGCACAUGUGUUCUGGGAUUCCAUAGUACAACUCCGCCUGCCCUCCAGCCCCUCUGUUGCCUCAGUCACAAUCACUCCUGGGGACCAGGGUGGCAUCCCUCCUGAAGACCACAUUUAGCGUCAAAGGAUGGGAUCUUACUCGGAAUUUGAUGAAAAGCCGCAGCCACAAGGCCUGGUGAAAGCUCAAAGGGUCAGAGCACAUGCCUAGCACACACCUGGUGCCAAAUUCUUUCCCUGUCACCACAUGCCCUCCUCCAUUCCCUACAUGAAUCACGCUGGGGUGGCCCUGGUUUCCCUCGACUGUUCCUGGGCCUGAACUUUAGACCUUCUGGCCCCGUUUGACUGUGUAUCACAAGAGUGAUUUUCAUCCCCCCCCCCCCAACUUGGUUUGAGAGCCCUCCCAACAAAUAGAGGAAUAAA